UUCAUUUAAAAUUUGAAAAAAAAAACAAAUAAUCCCAAAACGAUAUGGAGGAACCCAGCGGGAGUUUCACUCUUGGAGUUUGCCAGAGCAAGUGAUAUGGUGGUUGCUAACUCUUGUUUCCCAAAACGAGACGUUCAUUUGGCUACAUUUGUUAGUGGAGUGGGGACGACUCAGAUCGACUAUCUUCUCCUGCGCAGGUGUGAUCGGGUGCUCUGCAAGGAUGCUAAAGUAGUCCCGAGUGAAAACAUCACUACCCAACACAAGCUUCUGGUGAUGGAUGUCAUGAUUAGAUGGGUGAAACAUAGGAGAGCUUCGAGUGGCAACACACAAAUCCGGUGGAGGAGACUAAGUGAGGAAAAUAUCUCUGAGUUGAUCACGCGAGUGCAGGAGAAAGGUGCGUGGGAAUCGGACGGAGAGGCUACAGAUAUGUGGACGCGGACUGCUAACUGCAUCAGGGAAACAGCCAGGGAAGUGUUAGGUGUGAGCUCUGGCUCUGGGAGUAGGCGUCAGGGUGAUUGGUGGUGGAGCGAUUCAGUCCGAAGUAAGGAGAAAGGUGCGUGGGAAUCGGACGGAGAGGCUACAGAUAUGUGGACGCGGACUGCUAACUGCAUCAGGGAAACAGCCAGGGAAGUGUUAGGUGUGAGCUCUGGCUCUGGGAGUAGGCGUCAGGGUGAUUGGUGGUGGAGCGAUUCAGUCCGAAGUAAGGUGGAAGCUAAGAAGGUGGCAUAUUUGAGGUACAUGGGCUGCAAUGUUGAGGAGGAAAGAACGGCGUUACGAGUGGAGUACAAGAAGGCACGUAAAGAAGCCAAGUUAGAGGUUACGAGGGCAAAGAAUGCCACUUUUGAACGCCUCUACAAGGAUAUUGAGGAGAAAGGUGGUGUUAAUACACUGUUCCGGCUUGCUAAGGUGCGUGAGAGGAAGGCCCGAGAUCUGGACCACGUAAGAUGUGUGAAGGGGAGCGAUGGUAGAGUGUUAGUUGAGACUGCCAAAGUGGCUAAGCGCUGGGGGGAGUACUUUUGUGAACUCUUAAAUGCGGGAGGAGACCAUAUGCUAGUUCUUGAUGAGCUGGGGCAGUCCGGGGCGUCUCGGGUGUAUUGUCGACGCAUUUGCCUGAGAGAGGUGGCUCGGGCUCUCCGAGGGAUGCGUAGUGGGAGAGCUUUGGGGCCAGAUGAGAUUCCGGUGGAGUUUUGGAAGCAUGCGGGCCGUGGUGCGUGGGUUUGGUUAACCAAACUCUUCAAUGUUAUCUUUCGCACAACAAGGAUGCCUGAUGAGUGGAGGGAGAGUCUCUUGGUCCCCUUGUUUAAAGGUAAAGGUGACAUUCAGAGCUGCGAGAAUUACAGAGGCAUCAAACUCCUUAGCCACACCAUGAAGGUUUGGGAGCGAGUCAUUGAGUAUAGGGUGCGGAAAGGGGUAUGCAUCUCUGAGAACCAGUUUGGUUUCAUGCCUGGCAGAUCGACUACAGAGGCCAUUCACCUCGUGAGGAGGUUAAUGGAAGAGUAUAGGGCUAGGAAGAAGGACCUUCAUAUGGUGUUUAUUGAUCUUGAGAAGGCGUACGAUAGGGUGCCAAGGGAGGUCGUAUGGAGGUGCCUAGAGACGAGAAGAGUUCCCAUCGCGUACACUCGCGCGAUCAAGGAUAUCCCUUUUUUGUUCGCCUUGGUGAUGGACGUCCUAACUCAAGGUGUUCAAGAAGGGGUCCCAUGGUGCAUGCUUUUCGCGGAUGAUAUCGUGCUUAUCGACGACACACGUGAGGGACUAAGCGAUAAGUUGGAACGAUGGCGCCUUGCCCUUGAGACUAAAGGAUUCAGAAUAAGUAGGAACAAGACUAAAUACAUGGAAUGUCGUUUCAGCGGCCGGGAAACAGAAUCAGAAGUGGAAGUUAGGAUUGACUCUCACGUAGUACCUAAGGUAGACAGGUUCCGUUAUCUUGGCUCUGUAAUCCAGGCGGAUGGGGAGUUAGACGGGGAUGUUGGACAUCGUGUUGGAGUGGCUUGGGCCAAAUGGCGGUUGGCCUCAGGGGUGUUGUGUGACCCGAAGAUUUUACCCAUGAUGAAAGGUAAGUUCUACCGAUCUGUAGUCAGACCUGCUAUGUUAUACGGGGCAGAGUGUUGGGCGGUUAAGAAGACUCAUGUGCGUCGUCUGCAUGCGGCGGAGAUGCGGAUGUUACGAUGGAUGUGUGGGAAGACAAGGUUGGAUAGGAUUUCGAACAAAGUUAUUCGACGUCAGGUAGGCAUGGCGCCGGUGGAAAAUAAGUUGCGGGAAGCGAGGUUGAGAUGGGUUGGGCAUGUGAGACGACGGGAUGCUGAUGCCCCUGUACGGAGGUGCGAGAGGAUCACGGUUAUCGGGGGAAGUAGGGGAAGGGGUAGACCUAGGAAAAAUUGGAAGGAGGUUGAGCCGGGGGUCUCUUGGAAACAGCCUCCCUACUUCCGAGUAGGGGCAAGGUCUGUGUACACACACCCUCUCCAGACCCUACUGUAGUGGGAUUCAACUGGUUUGUUGUUGUUUUGUAAUAAACAUUGACAAUAUUGGGCCCUACAAGUUUGGCAGCCCAUUCUCAGAUUUCGUUAAUCGUAACUCGGGUCACGAUUGAUGGUGGACCUUCUUCACCAGAAUGGCUCACUAUGGUUCCUAGCUCACACGGUUUGAUUUUAGAGCAUGUAUAUACCCCAAACAUAUAUGCAAUGAAAUAAAUAUGUGAAAUGGGU